CAAGAGACGGUCACACUGACACAGCACGUUUGUUUUGCGCCUCCUGUUUCUGUUUUGAUUUGUGGCUGUGUUUUGAGUUUUGCGUUUGGCGUUUGUCGUUCGCAAUAAAGACGAGAGCGAAAUGGGCGACGGAGUGGAGAGCAUCAAGCUGGAGGCCCUGACGCUGAGCGAGGGAAUCCGGCAGGCGCCCGUGUGCAUAAUUGUACUGGGAAUGGCCGGCAGCGGCAAGACCACGUUCACCCGGAGUCUCAUCCAGCACGCCCAGGAGAAGUUCAAUCCGUACGUGGUCAACCUGGAUCCGGCGUGCAGGGAGGUGCCGUAUGCGGCCCACGUGGACAUCCGGGACACGGUCAACUACCGGGAGGUGAUGAAGCAGUACCAACUGGGUCCCAACGGCGGCAUUGUGACCGCGCUCAAUAUGUUCACCACCAAAAUGGCCCAGUUUGCGGAGCUAGUGCGUCGCGCCGGCGAGCGCGGCCACAAGUGGUGUGUGAUCGACACGCCCGGGCAGAUCGAGGUGUUCACCUGGUCGGCUUCCGGGAGCAUUAUCACCGAGGGACUGGCGACCAUGUUCCCCACCAUUGUGGUCUAUGUAAUGGAUGUGCAGCGCAGUGUGUGUCCCACCACCUUCAUGUCCAACAUGCUCUACGCCUGCUCCAUUCUGUACAAGACCCGGUUGCCCUUCCUCGUGGCGCUGAACAAGAUCGACCUGCAGGACUGCAGCUUUGUGCUGGACUGGAUGACGGACUUCGAGGCCUUCCAGGAGGCUCAGGAGGAGGAGCAGAGCUUCGUGAGCAACCUCACGCGCACCAUGUCGCUCACCCUGGACACCUUCUACGAGAAUCUAAGCACUUGCGGCGUUUCGGCCAAGACAGGCGUGGGCUAUGCCCAGCUCCUGACGAAGAUCCUCGACUGCGUGGCCGAGUACGAGCGGGACUACAAGCCAGUGUACGAGAAGAAGCUCCAGGAGCGACUGGCGCAGAAUGCGGCGGGCCCAAAGCCAGUGGAUCACGUAGAAGAGGACGGCGUUGCCGUUCCCCUGGGAUUGGGGCUUCAGGACCCACCGCCGAACUCCGGGAACAGCGUGUUUCUAAUGGCACCAGGUCUGGUGCCCCAGGCAGCGGAAAAUGAGGAGGAGGAGGACAUGGAGGAGGACGCAAAGGGCACCGCGGAAGACCAAAACUUCCACAGCUUCGUGCAGAACCACCUGACCGCCCAGCAGAGCAAGCGGGACAAGCUGCAGCAGGAACAGUCGCAGCCGUAGAGCCGUAGAGUGAUCACUAAGUGAACUAGCUGGAACUGGAGGAUUUCCAUAAAUGUAGUUAUAGCGUAGUUACGAUGGCGGCCCUUGGAUGGAGGGCUAUGAUGAAGCUGGGAUUUCGAGUUUUCAUCUUUAUUAUUUACUUUAACAAGCAAAAACAUUCAAUAUAGUGUGUGUUCGUCACUUCCA